AUGGUCAGUUUGGAUUCAGAUGAUGACUCUUCGGUUGUAUGUAUUGAUCAAGAUCCUUUUAAAGGAAUCUCUAAAGAUUAUUUGGAUCACGGUGACCAAGUUCUCAUAUGUGAGAUUUGUAGUGCUAAAUUGUGGACAUCUGAAGGUGGUAAAGGUCGUAUCACUUUGGAAAAGCGAACUUAUAGUUUGUGCUACGGUUAUAGUAAAGUGGAGCUCCCUGCUUUAAAAGAUGCACACCCGUCUUAUCAAGAUUUGUUUCGUUCCACCAGUGACAAAAGCAACGAUACAACCCAGCCGUCAGCGUCUACUGAUAAAGACGUUGAUGUUCAAAUUAUUGAAUAUUUAAGGGAUUCAUUGGAUUCACAAAAUAUGUUGGUUCAGACAUAUAGGAAGGUUCGAGACCAUUUUCAUGGGCCCUCUGAAGCUAACCUUAAACUAAGACUUAUUUACAAAAGAGAUAAAUAUGGUCGGACCUACAAUUUACCUUCCACUUUUGAAGUUGCUGCGUUGAUAGUCGGUGACGUGAAUGAGUCUAUAGAUCAUCGCGAUAUAGUUGUUGAAACUCAAUCAGGAGUUUUACAGCGUAUUAGUGAGUUGCAUCCUUCCUAUCUUGCACUUCAAUAUCCUAUACUUUUUCCAUAUGGUGAUGAUGGCUAUAAGAUUGAUAUUCCCCACAGAGAUUUUAUGUCCACAAAAAAGAAAAUAAAACCAAAGUGUACAAUGAGGGAAUUCUUUGCAUAUAGAAUCCAAGACAGAACGUAUGGGUUUUCAUUAAUUUUAAAAGGAAGAAGAUUGUUACAACAAUUUUUGGUUGAUGCGUACACCAUGAUUGAAAGUGAACGACUAAACCACAUACGCAGGCAACAAAAGAAUCUUCGUUGUGAAUCGUUUGAAAAUCUCAAGAGGCAUAAAGAGGGUGGUUUAGAUUCAUUAUCACAGACCGGGAAGCCCGUUCUUUUACCUUCUUCAUUUACCGGAGGUUCUCGGUUCAUGCAGCAAAAUUACCUUGAUGCAAUGGCUUUAUGUAAGUGGUAUGGCUACCCGGAUUUUUUCAUAACUAUAACCUGUAAUCCGAAGUGGCCUGAAGUAAAAAGAUUUCUUAAUGAUUCAACCAUUAAAGCGGAAGAUAGGCCUGAUAUAUUGUGCCAAUUGUUUAAGAUGAAGCUCGAUUCUUUAACAAAAGAUCUAAAGGAUUCUAAAUUUUUACGUGAUAUUAAUGCUGUUGUUUAUACAGUUGAAUUUAAAAAACGUGGUCUGCCCCAUGCUCAGAUUUGUUUAUUCAUGAAGGCCAAUCACAAACUUCCUACUGUAGAUCAGAUAAACCCCUUUAUUUCUGCUGAGAUUCCAUAUAAAGAUAAGGAUGAAGAUCCUGAACUUUAUUCUCUUGUGACUGAUUAUAUGAUUCAUGGUCCGUGUGGAAAUGCUAAUUUGAACUGUCCUUGCAUGGUUAACAAGAGGUGUUCAAAAAGCUUUCCCAAGAGUUUUACAUCUCAUACAACAAUUGAUUCAAAUGGUUUUCCGAUAUACAUAUACAGAAGAAGAGAUACCGGACAUAGUGUUUUAAAAUCCGGUGUCAGAUUAGACAACAAAAGUGUUGUUCCAUAUAACAAAAUCCUUUUAAAAAGAUAUCAAGCACACAUCAAUGUCGAGUGGUGUAACCAAGCCGGUUCAGUCAAGUAUUUGUUCAAGUAUACUAAUAAAGGCCCUGAUAGGGCUACUGCUGUUGUUUAUAGUGAUGGUGAUCAAUGCCAACAAGAGAAGCCAAUAGAUGAGAUCAAGAAAUAUUAUGAUUGUAGGUACAUAUCCGCUUGUGAGGCAACUUGGAGAAUAUUUUCAAACGAGGUUCAUUAUAGGUAUCCCGCUGUUUUGAGGCUGCACUUUCAUUUACCUAGUCAACAUAAUAUUGUUUAUGGUGCAGAUGAUGACAUUGAUAAUGUUCUAAGUAAGCCUUAUGUUGCUUCUUCAAUGUUUAUGCAAUGGAUGAAGUUGAACGAAAACGAUGCGGCUGCUCGAAAGCAGAUACGAACUAUUAAUGGGAAAGUGUUCCCUACUUUUAGAGAUGCAUGCUAUGGUUUGGGACUAUUAGAUGAUGACAAUGAAUACAUUGAAGCCAUUAAAGAAGCAAGUUUCGAAGGGCAUGGUCGAUAUCUACGUGCUUUAUUUGCUACAAUGCUUGUGUCAAACACCCUUUCAAGACCAGAAGUCGUAUGGGAGAAGACAUGGAACUACUUAUCUGAUGAUAUUCUAUACAAACGACAGAAAGAAACUAAUAUUUCAGGUUUAGUGCUUCCUGAACAUCAAUUAAAGAACCUUACAUUGUUGGAAAAAGAAAAGUAUUUAAUUUAA